UGAUCGCAUUUUUACGUAACAAACGGGUGUACACCUGUAUGUUGCCAAGUCGCUACUGGCACAUAAACUAGAGACACAUUGUUGGCUACAGCUAUGGCUAAACACAUUUUUUAAAUACAUUUAUAAAAACCGGCAUACAUUGUAUGCCGAUCGUCUAGCCUACAAUGUCGGUCCAACACCCCGACAGAGAGGACGACGUCGAAGAAAGAAGAGGAUUCUUCAUCGAACCAGAAUACGACUGGGACGAGGAGCAGGAUAAUGUAGACCACCACACACUUAUUUUACAAAAAGCUGAUGCACUGGCAUCAGAAAACCGUCUCAAAGAAGCCAUCGAUGUUUACUCGAUGGCCUUGAGAUAUGGUUCUGUAGGGCCGGAGCAGAUGAGCACUUUAGUGGAUUGUAUUCUGCGCAACUUCAAGAGAAAGCUGGGAAAGGAUGAGCCGCCUUCGGAACGAACGCUACAUAUUUUGGAUAACGCCGGAGAGGAGGAUGUUUUUGACUGCCCGAAUUGUCAUAGAUUUCUAGGCGAGCCCGUGACUAUCGGCUGUGGACAUUCGUACUGUAAAAGAUGUUUACAACAUCAGCUGCUCUCCAAAUGCAAGCUGUGUAGCGAUGUUGGAGGCAGGCCGACGGAGCCUAAAACAAAUGUGAUUCUAUUCGGACUUUUGGAAAAGUGGUUUCCCGAGGAGCUGAAAAGGUCCAGAGCUAUUAGUGAAAUUGAAGACCUGUCUAGAAGGAAACAUUUCGAGGAGGCCGUAUCACUAGCGACAGAUAUGAUUGAAUCUGAUCCUGGGGAUGAGGCAGUGCGGUGGUCACGGGUCAAGGCCUACACCGGGCUCCAGCAGUACCGAUUGGCCCUGGAGGACGCUGAACUCUGUCUUAGCUCCGCCCACUCUGCAGAGGGUUUCUACUGGAAGGCCAAGGUGCUCCAGGACAUGGGCCAGGUGGACGACUCGCUGCAGGUUUUCCUCCACUGUCUGGCCCUGGAUGAGGACUUCACCCUGGCAAAACGAGAGGUGGAAACGAUGCUGUGCGACCUGCUGUCUCCGGCCGGCGAGAACGUGAAGGUGGGCCUGAGGGAGACGGCGCAGAGCACGUCGCCUCACCUGCGAAGUAAAAUUGUGGUAGCGGACGCCCAGGCCAGAGCCCAACAGCAUCAGGCCAAAGCCAAACACCCUGCCCUGCACCAAGUCCAGGCUCGCACUUCCUUGGCACACCCCAGCCCCGUCGCACAACACGAGAAGCCGGGUCGCUCCGGGAGCCAGGAGUGUUCGGGCCUCAGCCGCGCUCACUCGAUGCGAGCCCACGGGCCGGGUCUGGGCAGCUUGGAUGAGGGUCUUAAACGUGUCUGCUCUGCACCCCAGCUGGGGGAUCAGGAGAAAGGCGUGCUGCUGAAGAGGAAGCUGUCGGCCUCCGAGUGCGGACCCCACGUCGUCUACAGACACGGGAGCAAGCAUAAGAAACAAGGAGGGGCCUGUGGUGCGUCGAGCCAGGGAGCCUCAGCGCGAGCUCACAGAGUCGUACCCAGGGACCUACUGGACCCCAACGACCUGGAGUGUUCCCUCUGCAUUAGAUUGUUCUACGAACCGGUGACCACGCCGUGCGGUCACACCUUCUGUAAAAACUGCCUGGAGCGCUGUCUGGACCACACACCCCAGUGCCCCCUCUGCAAGGAGAGCCUCAAAGAGUACCUGGCAGCCAGGAAGUACACAGUCACCAGUGUGCUGGACCGAGUGAUAAAGCAGUACCUGUCUGAGGAGCAGUCGGAACGGCAGAAGACUCACCUGGAGGAGACCCAAGAGCUCGCAGACCUGAUGAAGAAUGUCCCCAUCUUUGUGUGCACCAUGGCCUACCCGACCGUGCCUUGCCCCCUGCACGUCUUCGAACCGCGCUACCGCCUCAUGAUCCGCCGCUGCAUGGAGACCGGCACGCGCCAGUUUGGGAUGUGCAUCAACGACGCUCAGAAAGGAUUUGUGGAGUACGGCUGCAUGCUGAUCAUCCGGAGCGUCCACUUCCUCCCAGACGGGCGUUCCGUGGUGGACACCAUCGGAGGGAAGAGGUUCCGGGUGCUGACCCGCGGGAUGAAGGACGGGUACUGCAUCGCCGACAUCAAGUACCUGGAGGAUACCAGGGUGAGCGACGACGAGGAGUUGACACAGCUGCAGCAGCUCCACGACGCCGUUUACGAACAAGCGCGCACCUGGUUCCAGAACCUCAAGAACCGCUUCCGCAACCAGAUCCUUCAGCACUUCGGCGCCAUGCCCGAGAGAGAGCCCGACAUCCAGGCGACACCCAACGGUCCGGCUUGCUGCUGGUGGCUGCUGGCCGUGCUGCCCAUCGACCCUCGCUACCAGCUGUCGGUGCUUUCCAUGACCACGCUGCGCGAACGCCUGGUCAAGAUCCAGCACAUCCUCUCCUACCUGCAGAGCAUCCCCAACGAGUAGAAGAGUAGAGUUCCACCCGACCACAACUACUUACUACACCCUGGUCCCUGCACCAUGUACCUCCAUACCACAUCUAACAACACAGACUCCUACUACUCCAUACAUCGGAUUUCGCUAUUUAUUACUGCUGAGGUAUCCGCCACAAGACAUCCGUGAGACAUCUGGACAGUGAGACAUCAAUGAGACAUCUCCCUGAGAAGACAGAGUCACCCAACACUUCUAAGACACCAGCAAGAUCCCAGUCACAUAAGCAGCUAGCUUUAGCAGCACGACGGCUAGCUUUAGCAACACGACGGCUAGCUUUAGCAACACGACGGCUAGCUUUAGCAACACGACGGCUAGCUUUAGCAACACGACGGCUAGCUUUAGCCGCACGACGGCUAGCUUUAGCCGCACGCCGGCUAGCUUUAGCCGCACGCCGGCUAGCUUUAGCCGCACGCCGGCUAGCUUUAGCCGCACGACGGCUAGCUUGAGCCGCACGACGGCUAGCUUGAGCCGCACGACAGCUAGCUUGAGCAGCACGACAACUAUCACACACCAGCUAGCUACAUCGGCGAGAAUCCACAGACGGCUGAGAAAUCAGCCGAAUUCUAAGAACUGGUCUUAUCUCUUGUAAUGACGCUUUCUCUCUCUGUCUGUCUCUCUCUCCAUCCUCCAGGGGCGAUCUUGUCUCUUUGGUUUUUGGUAGGCUGAGAUAGAUGUCUCUCUCUUUCUCUCUCUCUGUGAUGCUGGUGAAAACAAGAAAGGCCUUUCUGUCUAUACUCAACGCUGGCCUCAACAGUGGCACCAACCACCCUCAACACCUGCCACUGUCAGCUUGGUUACUUGAGAGAGAAAGAAAGAGAGAGAAAUUGGUGAAGAGAUGUCUCCGUUUUCUUGUCUACUCAAGACGACCCAAGCAGCCUCUCUGUCUCUAUUCGGUCACUGUUGAAGGGUAGAAGGGAUGGAGCGGGUGGAUGUGUGUUUGUUUCUAUGGGUGGACGGUGCUUCUGUGCAAAUCCCAAAUGCUGAAAUUGAGUCUGACAGGGUGGAUGAAUUGUAGAAGGUUGGUGGUAACAUAUGGAGGGAGGGGGUACUAGAAUUGUUUGUGUACUACAAAGCCCAACAAGUGGGAUGGUGCAGCCUUACAAUUACACUGAAAACAAAAAAGUGUGAAUCUUACUCUUCCGAUCAUUAAGCCCCUCUGUCACUUCUCUCUGUCGACUAAACGCACAACUUCCUUCACCGCUGCCACCUGGCGGUGGUGGACCCUGAUGAAAAAGAGAGCUUCCCCCUUUUUUAUUAAUGUCUCCCAAGUUUUGACUUUUUCAUAAAUGGUUGUUUUCUUCCAUGACUUCAGAAAGAAAACCCUUGUGGCAGCCAUUUUGUCCAGUCUGUAGUAUAGCUACAGAUGUUGGACUGUGGUCUCGCGACGCUCCCAAGUUCUGUUCUCUUUAACAGUUUUUUUUCAUAGCUGAAAACAAGGCACAACUCAAAAAAAUCCAGACUUCCAAUAUACAUGAAUAACUCUAUGGUUUUGUUUUUGUUGUCGUUUCUCAGUGGAUACGAACCUCUUGAAUCCCGAUAGCUUAGGAAGCGUUAUUGAUUUUUGCAUUGGGGAUGUUUCCCAUUCCGAGUUAUCGAUUCUUGAGAGAAACAUCAAAAGUCAUCCAUGUAACUCGAGUGUUGUAUUUCCUAUCCCUCUAAGCCAAAAGUUCCAACUUCCUGUUUAAAUUCAAUGUAAACUGAAGUAAUUUUUAAGGACAGAUAUAUAUAUAUAUAUAUUUUGACAGUAUGUUUGUAUGUACAAAAUCACAAAAGGGGAACUUGCAAUAUUGUGACAGUGAAAAGGAAAAAGAAACAACACUAAACAAUGACCUGCAUUCAGCACUGCAAGGGUUAAAGGUCACCCAGUUGUCAAGUAAAAAAGCAGUCGCCUGCCUUUUGUCAGAAAAAGGACUAAUAUAGGUGAAUAUAUCUGGGGUGGUCGGUUUCAGACUAAUUUUUGCCUUAUACCAUUUUAGCAUUUUGCUUUGAAUGGCACAAUGCGACGGCUUGGUUAGCGUUCCUUUUGCCGUACUAGUAAUUAUGAUAUUUGUGUUAAUUAUUUGUCAUUUCUUUAGCCGCCUCAUGGCCCGAAUCGUUCACAAUGUGUAUAAUGUUUGUCAAGUCGCGGCUUUGUUUUGUUUAAAUCAUUUUGUUUUUGGACAGAUCAUGCUUUUUCCUCUAAUGUUUAAAUUAUCAAUUUUCAAUAAUAAAUGAACUCAUUUUUUUCAA